UAAGUCCAUUCGACCAAAAACAAAGACUAGAGGAAGAAAACAAAAACCUUAAAACACUUUCAAUAGAAGACACGCACUCACUGUCAGAAAUCUACAUCGAGAAACACACUUCCACUUUCCAAAAACAUCAUUCAUGAAAAAGACCACAGAGAAAACGAAGAAUAUGGUUGAUGAUGAUGAUCGUAUACUAUGGGAUUGUGGAAGUCCACUCUAUGAUUCCUACGAGCUCGUUUCUCUUACUCACAUCAUUGAACGCCAUUUCAUGUCUCUACCUUCUCUUGCUGGCGCCGGAAAAGUUUGCUGCUCUCGAAGACCGUCUGAUCUGGAAGAAAAGGCCAAUCGUGGGGCCAACACCGUCGUUGAUCUGUGUUGUUCCUCUGAUUCGACGACUGGUAAACUGUUGUGCGGUGCUUUUGGAACCAAAUGGUGGAAGAGAAAGCAAAACACCGAAGCUGUCGUCGAUAAUUACAACAACAAGAAGAAGAAUAUGUUUUGUCGGAUCCUCUCUAAGAUAAGGAUUUCUACAACAAGAUCUGGUUCUUCGAAGAUGUGAUUUUCAUAUCUUCUUUUUCUGUUUUUAGUAUUUGUUUGAUCCUUCGUAAAAUAAUAAUUAAGUAUAUUACUUGCUCAUGUUUUUUAAUUUGAAAAUUUAAUCGAAUAAACUGUAAUGAAACG